UUCUUCCUCCCUCUCAGGAAAUAUGUGGGCCCAGACCUGGGACAAUAUUUACAACAUGAUGACCCCAUUUCCUGACAAACCCAACUUGGAUGUUACUGAUGAAAUGGUCAAACAAGGCUAUAAUGCCACACACAUGUUUCGGGUUGCUGAGGAGUUCUUCACGUCUUUGGGUUUAGAGAAGAUGCCUGAUGAGUUCUGGGAUGAAUCCAUGCUGGUGAAGCCUGAAGGUCGAGAGGUGGUGUGCCAUCCUUAUGCCAUGGAUUUUAUGAACCGCAAAGACUUUAGGAUAAAGCAGUGCACGGCAGUAACAAUGGAGCAGCUGUUUGUAGUACACCAUGAAAUGGGGCAUAUCCAGUACUACCUGCAGUACAAGGACCAGCCUGUGGGCUACCGUGACGGAGCCAAUCCUGGUUUUCAUGAGGCUAUUGGCGAUGUUUUGUCUCUCUCUGUGUCUACACCCAAACAUCUGCAAACCAUUCAUCUGCUGGAUAGUGUGACAAAUGACAUUGAAACUGAUACUAACUACCUAUUGAAGAUGGCUCUGGAGAGGAUAGCCUUCCUUCCUUUUGGCUACCUUAUUGACCAGUGGAGGUGGGGUGUGUUCAGUGGACGUACACCUCCAGAUCGCUACAACGCUGAGUGGUGGUACCUCAGGACAAAAUACCAAGGCAUCUGCCCACCUACCAGGCGUACAGAGGAGCACUUUGAUGCUGGGGCAAAAUACCACAUCCCUGGAAACACGCCAUACAUCAGGUAGCACUCCAGCCACAACACUGUGUUUCACA